AUGGCAAAGAAGGGCAAGGAAAAGAGGGUGAAGGAUGCCGGCAGCAUCCCUUUGGCACAACCAGAUCGGUCUGGCCCUAGCGAAGCCACGCUGCUCCAGCUUGCUCAAGAGAGGGGUCUCUUCAAGCAGGCCGAGCAGGACCCGAGAAACAAGAACCUGUCCAAGGGUGCUGUCCCGAUCGAUAAGCCCAAUAAAGAGGAUAGUAGCGAUGGUGAAGAGGAUGACGAUGAAGAAGCUGUGCUGUCCCCUACCAUGGAGCGCAUCAUGGACACUCUGCUGUGGACUGUGAGCCUGGCCAUGGUCCAUGGCACUUUUGAUGUGCUCGUUCAGAACCAAUACGCCAUGAAGAUCGAGUAUUCCGCCAUCAUCAGUCGUACGCUGGUUGCCUUCUUGGUCCUUUCCUUCCUCUUCUACAACCUCCAUGCGCACCCUUCGAGCCCGAACCUCAUUCCGGGACUUCCGCUUCGUUUCCAGCAUCCCAUCCGGCAGGCCAUCUUCUUCGUCGGCAGCACCUGGGCUGGGUGCCACCUGAUAUAUAUCACCAACGAGUUCAGCUAUCUGUAUGUCUUAAAACAGGCUCCGACGCUGGGAUGCGUGUGGAUCUGGUCGAUCCUAGAACUCGAUCUGGCUAUGGCUGUCGCCAGCCUGGCCGCAGCGGGAGGGUACCUGGUACAAGGAGGAUACGCCAUUAAAUAA